AUGAAUGCUUGGGUUAUUAUAAACAUUUUUUUAAAUCUUCUAACAUUGAUUAAUUCAAUUUUAACAAUUCUUAUUUGUUCAUUGAUUUUCUUAUUAAUUAUAAUUUCCCAUCGACGAUCUCGUUCUGUACCAGUUUUAUUAGCUGGCAAUACAUGUUCAACAUUAUUUAUUUCUGCAUUUAUGUUAGCAAGCAUGGCUAAUGCCAGUCUAUUUGGAUAUAUGAAUAUUGUUCUCGAACAACAUAACAAUACCAUAUGGUGUCGUUUACGAGGUUUUUUUAUUCAUGGAUUUCUUUGUGCUCUUUAUGAUUCAUAUAUUUUGCAAGCAACAUAUCGUCUUUGUCGAGUUGUAUUUUAUCGUCAUAAACAAUUACAUAGUUUUCCUCUUUAUUCAAUUCUUGUGCCAAUUGAAUCACUUUUUGGUAUUGUGAGUAUAUCACCUGUAUUAUUACGUGGUGAUGUUAUUUAUCUUCGAUCAGAAUAUUAUUGUCAAACACCAUUUACAAAUAUUUCAGCUAUAACUUAUAUAGCAAUUCGUCUUUUUUUAUUACCAAUUUUAUUUAUUACAUUAAUUUAUUUAUGUUUAUUAAAAUAUGUUCGUCAAUCAAAUUUAUCAUCUAUAACAAUAAAUGAUAAUCAUCAACGACGUUCAAGACAAAAUAAAAGAGAUUUAAUAGUAAUAAAAAGAAUUCUUCUAAUGUUAAGUAUUCUUAUUUUACUUGGUUUACCAUCAAUGAUUUUCUUAACUAUUUUUAUGUUUACUGGUCAUCUUAUAUAUGUAACAUAUAGAAUUGGAUGGUUAUCUGUAUCAUUUUCACUUAUUUUUCUUGCUUAUAUGCUUAUUCGAUUAACUGAUCCAUUGAAGAAAACUGUAAGAAGAUAUGUUAAACAAAAUUUUCUUCGACAAAAUCGUUAUCAAACAUCAUCGGAACGGCAAAUAUCAUUACAUGGUUACUGA